AUGUUCACGCUCUCGAUUUCAAUUGGCGAUAUUCAAGUAGAGCACACGUUGUGUGAUUUGGGAGCGUCUAUCAAUGUUCUGCCAUACUCCAUUUAUAAGAAGCUAGGAGCGACCAAGCUCAUUGAUACUGAUAUAAUGAUACAACUGGCCGACAGAUCGUGUAUUCACCUGGAGGGAAUUCUGGAAGACGUAAUCGUGAAGGUGAUCAACUUUCUGUACCUAGCCGACUUCUUCGUCAUCAAGAUGACAGAGCCAGCAGCAAGUGAGUCAAGUGGAGUUCUACUGGGAAGGCCAUUUCUGUCCACGGCCAGCACUAUAAUUGACGUCUGUAAUGGGACGAUCAGCUUGGAUUUCAAUGUAGAGCAGUUCACGUUCAAUAUUGAUGAAGCUAUGAAAAGGCCAGCGGACAGCGAGAACGUGUAUUCAGUAGACGUAACUGAGCCACUAGUGUAG